AUGGAAACGCAUCAGUUAAUGGGUCUCACUCUUGUUCCAGUAUCUUUAUUAGGAAUUAUUUGUAAUUGGUCAGUAGUUUUUGCGGUUUGUAAGCGCAACACUUUGAGCCACUCAUUCUCAUUACUCACUGCAAAUCAGGCAGUUUUCAAUGGAAUUCAAUGCAACUUGUACUUUCUCUAUGUUGCUCCAAUGAUCAUUUUCGAUAUCAAUUCUCUCAAACAAUAUUCUCAUGUGUGCGGAUUAAUUCUGGUAAUAUGCUACGAUGUAUCAAUUCAAGCCGACUUUCUAAUCACUAUCAAUCGAUUUCUGGCAGUAUUUCUACCUGUUCAGUAUACAACAAUGUUCAGCAAGAAACGCACAAAACAUAUGAUUGCUGUUUCAUUUUUCCUAUCCUUAUUCAUAGUCAUUGUAUUUUUCCAUGCACGUGCAAGUAUUGCUCACAUGAAGAGACUUAAUAUUCUCCGAAAUCUGAAAUCUCUUCGCCAGAGAAUACUUCCCAAUCCUGCUGAACCGAACAGUACUACUGCUAUGGCACUCUUUAUACUUCCUCUUGUUCCAGCCACGAAGAAAUAUGUUGAGCUGAAAAAAACAUGA